AUGUCCCCCCUUUGCAUCAAUAAUAGCACUACAGCGUUUGUUCAUGCUUUGAAACAAUCUUAUACGUGUUUUUUAUUGAUUUUAUUUUGUUAUUCAAUAGUAAAUUGCUCUACCUGUAAUUAA